AUGUUCUAGAAUAAUUUUUACAUUGUUUAACUCUUCUUGCAGGUGAUAUUCUACUCAGAUGAUUUCAGGAUAACUACAUAUUACACAGGCAUUAAUUCUUUGGCAUUAAAUUUACUUGGAGAUUCUUUGGCAAUCUUUGUCAAUAACAGAGCCCAAUACUAAUUAGGAUGCUAGUCAAUGAUGAUAAUUGGAUCUGGGCUAAUGUUUUUGCAGGUUACAAAUAUCCAUCUUUACAGCUUUGAAACUGAUCAGUAUUAUGAGGGAACCUUUUACUUAGUAUGGCUUUAUGUUACAUCAUUCUUUGGAGGUCUUGGAUAUCAGAUGUGUUGGCAAGGAGGAGCUAAUUAUUGUUUAAAUAUAUACAACUCAGCAAAUAUUUACCCAAAAUAGAAGGCUUAUCAGUAUUUAGUACACUUAGACAAUAUAGGAUUAGUUUUAGCUUUUGUGAUAAUAGGAUCAGCAUCAACAACCUAAGAUUAUAUUACUUAUCCUCACCUUGUUGACACUUUUAUGAUUGUUAGUAUGGCUUCAUUUGCUCUUAUUUUAAGUCUUCCGAGACCAGGUUAUGAAACAUAGAGGUAAAUCAAAGAUCAUCUAGGUCCUUCUGUCUUUAUCACAGAAAUAAUGAAAUUAAAGUGGAUUUAUUUUAUUCCUGUAAUGCUAGUAAAGGCAAUAGUGAAAUCCUUUUGCUAUUGUAUGGCUAUUCUUUAUCUUUCUGAAGGAGUAGUUAGUAAUAAGGAUCAGCCCCUAUAAUUUUUACUAUACUGCUGUUCAAUGUACGGAGUAGGAAAAGCUCUGAGAUCUAUUACAAUAUAGUACAAGGUUUUUUUUGCAAACCCGUGCAGAUUUAUUUUCGGCUCUCUAUGUAUGCUUGGUCUGCUUACUGCAGCAUUAGUAUUGCUUGUUGAAUAUGAACAAGCAAUUUAUGAUUACUAUGAAGAUUAAAGCAGAGAUUAUUGGUGCAAUAUUUGCUAUGCAAUUAUGCUAUUUUUGGGAAUUUCAAUGCAUGCUACCCAUGGCUUAUUGUAGUCGUUGAUAGCUAGAGUUGAAUUUAAUCAGGACCUUACAGAUUCAAUUGAUGCACUUACUACUUUAUUUAUGGUUCCAUUCUGCUAUUUUUAAGCACUUGCAUAUCAUGGAAGAGAUUCAUUCAGAUUAUAUUUGAUUUUUACUUUUGUAUUCUGUUAAGUUGUUGUGUUGUUACAGUUUUAUUGCUACAGAGCAGUUUUAAUAUAAAGGUAAUAUGAUUAUGGCUCAAUCUAUUUUUGA